AUGGGUGCCCUCAGGAAAGUCAAGAACAAGCGUCGCACGAGAGACUACGACCAAGUCCUCGCAGAUAUCAAGACCCCCCGUCACCUGCAGAAAUACAAGGAUUCAAAGGAUGUAGAGGAACUUCCUGGGCUGGGCAAGCACUACUGCACAGAAUGCUCAAAGUGGUUUGAGAGCGAGUACAACCUCAAGGGACACACCAAGGGCAAGAACCACAAGCGGAGACUUCGCAUCCUGCGCGAUGAGCCUCACAGCCAAGAACUUGCCGAGCGUGCCAUCGGACUGGGUUUGGUCGACAAUGGCAAGCGGGCAGAAAACCCCGACGUGAUGACCGAGUGA